GAGGCCAGUGCGACCGGCAGGCCCCGAAGGCUCACUGCGUGCUGUUGGGACUUGGAACGUGUCUGGCGGUCCGCAGCGCUGUGCGCGCUGCCUCCACUGCCUGAGCAUCGCGCUGUGGGGCGGCCGAGAGCCUUACCCGCUGUCCGGAGUGUGAGGCUUGCACUGCCCCCGGCUGCCCCACGCCUCGCUGGAGCCCGAGAGGCGCAGGUCCGAGGCGAGGGCCAGUCGGGUGUGUUUGAUGGCUUCACUGAGAAGAGUCAAAGUGCUGCUGGUGUUGAACUUGAUUGCUGUGGCCGGGUUCGUGAUCUUCCUGGCCAAGUGCCGGCCCAUAGCGGUGCGCGGCGGAGACACCUUCCACGAGAUUCGGCCGCGCGCGGAGGCAGCGAACCUCAGCGCGCACAGCGCCAGCCCCAUCCAGGAUGCGGUUCUGAAGCGCCUCUCGCUGCUAGAGGACAUCGUCUACCGGCAACUGAAUGGCCUCUCCAAAUCCCUGGGGCUCAUUGAAGGUUAUGGUGGAAGGGGUAAAGGGGGCCUUCCUGCUACCCUGUCCCCAGCUGAAGAAGAAAAAGCCAAGGGACCCCAUGAGAAGUAUGGCUAUAACUCCUACCUCAGUGAAAAAAUUUCACUGGAUCGUUCCAUUCCGGAUUACCGUCCCACCAAGUGUAAGGAGCUGAAAUACUCCAAGGAGCUGCCCCAGAUAUCCAUCAUUUUUAUCUUUGUGAACGAGGCCCUGUCCGUGAUCCUGCGGUCAGUGCACAGUGCCGUCAACCACACGCCAACACACCUGCUGAAGGAGAUCAUCCUGGUGGACGACAACAGCGACGAAGAGGAGCUGAAGGCCCCCUUGGAGGAAUAUGUCCAUAAACGCUACCCUGGACUGGUGAAGGUGGUGCGCAACCAGAAGAGAGAGGGACUGAUCCGAGCUCGCAUCGAGGGCUGGAAGGUGGCCACCGGCCAGGUCACCGGCUUCUUUGAUGCCCACGUGGAGUUCACUGCUGGCUGGGCUGAGCCAGUUCUGUCCCGCAUCCAGGAGAACCGGAAGCGAGUGAUCCUCCCUUCCAUCGACAACAUUAAGCAAGACACCUUUGAGGUGCAGCGGUACGAGAACUCUGCCCAUGGGUACAGCUGGGAGCUGUGGUGCAUGUACAUCAGCCCGCCGAAGGACUGGUGGGAUGCGGGAGACCCUUCUCUGCCCAUCAGGACACCAGCCAUGAUUGGCUGCUCCUUUGUGGUCAACAGGAACUUCUUUGGUGAAAUUGGUCUUCUGGACCCAGGCAUGGAUGUAUAUGGAGGAGAAAAUAUCGAACUAGGAAUCAAGGUCUGGCUCUGUGGGGGCAGCAUGGAGGUCCUGCCUUGCUCACGUGUGGCCCACAUUGAGCGGAAGAAGAAACCCUACAAUAGCAAUAUUGGCUUCUACACCAAGAGGAAUGCUCUCCGGGUUGCUGAAGUCUGGAUGGACGACUACAAGUCUCAUGUGUACAUAGCAUGGAACCUGCCACUAGAGAAUCCAGGAAUUGACAUAGGUGAUGUCUCUGAAAGAAGAGCAUUAAGGAAAAGUCUAAAGUGUAAGAAUUUCCAGUGGUACCUGGACCACGUUUACCCAGAAAUGAGAAGAUACAACAACACCAUUGCAUACGGGGAGCUUCGCAACAACAAGGCAAAAGACGUCUGCCUGGACCAGGGACCAUUGGAAAACCAUACGGCAAUAUUGUACCCAUGCCAUGGCUGGGGGCCCCAGCUCGCCCGCUACACCAAGGAAGGCUUCCUGCACCUGGGGGCACUGGGGACCACCACACUCCUCCCUGACACCCGCUGCUUGGUGGACAACUCCAAGAGUCGGCUGCCCCAGCUUCUUGACUGUGACAAGGUUAAGAGCAGCCUGUACAAGCGCUGGAACUUUAUCCAGAAUGGGGCCAUCAUGAAUAAGGGCACGGGGCGCUGUCUGGAGGUGGAGAACCGUGGUCUGGCCGGUAUCGACCUCAUUCUCCGUAGCUGCACGGGACAGAGGUGGACGAUUAAGAACUUCAUCAAGUAGUGGGGAGACGCUGGGGCCCAGAACCUGGCUGCUGGGCCCGGUCUGCUGUCCUCUGGGCCAGCUACACAGUGGGGAGCAGCAGGGAGCCAGCAGGUGCUUGGGACACCUCCCAGGGCUUCUCCAGGGCAACAAGGCACCCCGAUGGAGACUUUGUCCCCAUCAGACAACCAACUGCCACGAGGCUCACACACCCGGAAAAAGCCCCCCGGCCCUUCUCUGGGAACCCAGGAGCUGUCUUCUGCAGCCAGGCCUGGGCCUGGUACCAAGGAAUGAACCCGCCACUGCUCCUCGCCGUCUCCCCACCUCUGUCAGGACUGAGGCUGGCAGGGUCCCCUCCUCGUUCUCAUCUUUUGCAGUAACAGCUUCUAAAUUCUACACCAGUCCUCAACAAAGCUGGGUGGGGGUCUCAGCCACAUCCUAGCUCCCUCUCCACAGAGGAGGCAGUGAGACCCUGAGUUUCAGUUUCCCUCGAGUUUGCUUCUACCCAGAUGCCCGUUCACAGUCCACCCCCAAACCUUUCCAGCAGGUGGCCGAGGGGACUCUGGGCCGCCCCUGAGCUGGCCUGCAUUGGGGGGACAGGGGUUUGACACAUCCAUGGUCACCUGGGCAUCACUGCAGGGUGCCUGGGCCACUCUCCUACCUGUGUCUGGAGGGUGCUGGAGACAGGAAUAGGAUGAGCACCCACGGUGCGCUCAGCUGCAGAAACCCCCAAAGUGGAGCGGGGCCGGGCAGCUCUUCCCACCCCAGGACUAGGGAGCCCGGCCUUUGGCGGGGUGCAGGGGAAGCAGCCAGGGACCUCCACCUGGAGCGUGAGGACCGCAGCCGGCACAGCACGGGGCCAGGCCCCCCAGGUGCUCUGUGCUCACGCAUGUCACCAGCUCUGCUGGCCAGCGGGAGAGAAGGCAGUGGAUUCCUCUCUGAAGAGUAAUAACUUUUUUUCGAUUGCCCUCUGGUUAGGGUGCACUUAUAAAUCAGAGUUAAUAUAUGGAUGUGUGUGCCUGUGUGUGUUUGUGUGUCUGUGGGAUUGCACGUGUGAGACGCUUGUAUGUGUGCGCGCGUGCGAGUGGCACCCACAGCGUGGGUCUGACUGCGUGUGUCUGAGUGUGUGGUAGAGUAGACGCAGAAGCGUGGCCUCGGGCGCGCUGUCUCACUGCUCUCCUGGAGCAGGUCCAGGCUGCCGAGAAGCUCGGGGGCUUGGCCUUGGGUCUUCUGCCAGGAGGACGUGGCCCAGCCUUGCCCCGUGUGAUGCCCCAGAGGAAGCUUGUCCCUCUGCCAUUUCCCACCUCUCUCCCUCAUGCUGCCCCAGCCAAGCCCUGCCCAGAACCCAUCCAACCCUGUAGCUACCCAGUUGCCAAGUUUGGGGUUCACAGUGUCUCAUUUGGUGGCAUCUUACUGGUGGUCACCCCCACUCUAUCUCCCCUCUUGUGAAAUAAAUACAUGUGAGCAAUUCCA